AUGACAAUAAGCACGUUAGUCAUGGACAUUGCUAUGAGAUUGGAGUGGUUGGCGACACCGCGAGUCAUUCUAGGUAUCGGUGCCGGAUGGAUCUUCAUCUACCUCAUUAGCAAGGUGGUCUACGCUCUUUGUCUGGAUCCCCUCCGCCAUAUUCCGGGACCUCGUCUGAAUGCAGUCUCUAUGAUCCCCUAUGCAAGACAUUUGCUUGCCGGCACAACUGUUCAGAAUUCCGUCUCUCUGCACAAACAAUACGGGGAAGUGGUACGCAUCGCGCCCAACGAGGUUUCACUCAUUUGUGGCGAGACGGCGUUCCCCGAUAUCUAUGGGUUUCGGACGGGAAAGAUGAAAGGGCAUCUAAAUAUGUCCAAGGACCCGGUAUGGUAUGUGACUCCGAGUAAUGGGGCGCCGUCUAUCUUGCAGGCAAAUGAUGAGGACCACUCUCGAGGUCGCCGUGUACUCGCCCAUGCCUUCAGCGAUAAGGCGCUCAUGGGCCAGGAACCACUGGUUCAGCGUUACGUCGAUCAACUCAUCGACCGACUCAAAGAAGUAACAUCUGCCAACGACGAACCGGUGGACAUGGUAAAAUGGUACAAUUGGACUACCUUUGAUGUAAUUGCCGAUCUUCUCUUCGGGGAGCCCUUUGGCUGCCUCCAAGACCUCUCAACCCACCAAUACGUCGCCCUCCUCUUCCAAUCCCUCAAGUCCCUCCGGAUGAUCUACAUUCUCGCCUACUACCCGUGGCUUCGCUUCCUCGGCAACCUCAUAGUAGAUAAAGGCCUGAUUAAGAAACGAAAGGAAUACGCGACCUGGGUUUCCACCCAAGUCACUAAACGAAUCAAUACCGCCACCCCUCGGCCCGACUUUAUGAGCCACAUCCUCGCCAACAACAACAACCGGGGCGUGAAGCUCACCCGGGCAGAGAUCGACUCCAACGCGACCUUGAUGACGACCGCGGGCUCCGAGACGACCGCCACCCUACUCAGCGGAGCGACCUACCUCCUCCUCACGCAUCCUCGCGUCCUUCGUACCCUCCAGGACGAGAUCCACUCGGAAUUCCCAACCUAUGAGUCCAUCACACUAGAGGCAGUCGCCAAGCGGACACCCUACCUGAACGCCGUCAUUUCCGAAGCACUCCGCUUCUUCCCGCCCAUCCCUGUAGGAUUCAUCCGCCGGGUGCCCAAGGGUGGAGAGACGGUGAGUGGGUAUUGGAUACCCGAGGGGACGAUUCUCUCGGUCAGUCAUUACGCGGCGUAUCACUCGGAGAGAAACUUCAGGGAUCCGGACAGUUGGGUGCCGGAGCGGUGGCUCGGUGACGAGAGAUACGUCAACGACAAGCGCGCCGCGUUCCAGCCAUUCAGCUUCGGGCCCCGUAGCUGUCUCGGUAGGAACCUGGCAUACGCGGAGAUGCGGCUGAUCCUCGCCAAGAUGGUCUGGUCGUUUGAGAUGGAGUUAGAUGAGGGGUUGAGUCGCGAUUGGUUGCAGCGUUGUCGCGUUAUGAGGCUUUGGCAGAAGCCCGAGUUGGAAGUGCGGGUGAGGCCGAGGGUAGUUGCUUGA